AUGAGCAAACCAAUAAUAUUCUCAGACAAACCUGAGAACGACUUUAAUGAAAUGAAGUUAGAGGAGGGAAACAUUGCUAUCACGCCUCUCGAUACUCAAGAGAUUUCCUAUGAAAAGGUGUCAAAAUGGAACCGCUUCAAGAGCUCCUUCAAGACUGCUGAGUUUAGCGAAGAUGAAUAUGAAACCUUGACUCCACUUGAGCGAGCUGCCCGCGCAACUGCAAACUCACCUCUUCAACGAAGCUUGAAGGCUCGCCACUUGCAAAUGAUUGCCAUUGGUGGUGCCAUUGGUACCGGUCUUUUUAUCGGAUCAGGCAAAGCUUUAGCCACAGGUGGCCCUGCCUCUCUCCUCAUUGCCUAUGCUCUUAUUGGCGCCAUGCUUUACUGCACUGUCCAAGCUCUCGGUGAACUUUCCGUUGCUUUCCCUGUUUCAGGUGCUUUUAGUACUUUUUCAACUCGCUUUAUUGAUCCCGCUUGGGGCUUUGCCAUGGGCUGGAACUAUGCUUUGCUUUGGCUUUCGGUUUUCCCCCUUGAACUUGUCGCUGCCUCACUAACUGUUCAAUACUGGAAUAAAGAUAUUAAUGCCGCGGCUUGGGUCUCUAUUUUUUACUUUUUUAUUUUGGCUGUCAAUUUGUUUGGCGUUAAGGGUUAUGGUGAAGCUGAAUUCAUCUUUUCUUUAAUUAAGGUUUUGGCAGUCAUUGGCUUUGUAAUUCUCGGUAUUAUUUUGAAUUGCGGUGGCGGUCCUACUGGUGGUUACAUUGGAGGUCUUUACUGGCAUGAUCCUGGCUCUUUUAAUCACGGUUUUAAAGGUCUUUGUGCCGUUUUUGUUACAGGCGCCUUUUCCUUUACCGGUACUGAGCUUGUUGGUCUUGCUGCCGCUGAAACUGCAAACCCUCGAAAGACUUUACCCAGCGCCAUUAAGCAAGUGUUUUGGCGUAUCACUCUCUUUUAUAUGGUUUCUCUUACCAUUGUCGGUCUUCUUGUCCCUUACAAUGACCCCAAUUUGAUGGGUGCUAGCUCGGUUGAUAUUACUGCCUCACCCUUUGUUAUUGCUAUUAAGCGUGCUGCCAUUCCUGCCCUGCCUUCUAUUAUCAAUGCCGUUAUUCUCAUUGCCGUUUUGUCGGUGGCUAAUUCUGCAGUUUAUGGUUGCUCUCGUACUGUGGCGGCUCUUUCUGCUCAAGGCUAUGCCCCCAAGAUCUUGGGCUAUAUUGAUAGAACUGGUCGCCCUCUUGGUGGCUUGGCCCUGUCUGCUUUUAUUGGCUUGCUUUGCUUUGUCAGUGCUUCUGAUGUCGAAACUAAGGUGUUUGCAUGGCUGAUGGCUCUGACGGGUCUUUCUUCCAUCUUUACUUGGGGCUCAGUCUGCCUCUGCCACAUUCGCUUUAGGGCUGCUCUUUACAAGAAAGGUAGAUCGACUAAGGAACUGGCGUUUAAGUCCCAGGUGGGUGUCUGGGGUUCAUGGUUUGGCUUUAUCUUUAACUGCUUGGUUCUUAUUGCUCAGUUUUGGACUGGCUUGUUUCCACUGGGUGGAAGUGGCGCAGAUGUUACAAACUUUUUCCAAUCUUACCUUUGCGCCCCCAUUGUUAUUGUUUGCUACAUUUUUUGGAAGGUUUGGAAAAGACCCUCCUAUAUUUCUCUUGAGGAUAUGGAUAUUGACACUGGCCGACGCGAAGUGGAUUUGGUUGCUCUUACCGAAGAACUUGAACAAGAAAGAGCUGAGCUCGCUGCGAGAUCGAUUUGGUACAGAACAUACAAGUUUUGGUGCUAA